GACACGUGCCGUUGGGGUGGGAAUUGGAAGUGAGCGGGUGGGAGGAGGGGCUGCUCUGGUAGUAAUUACGGUAGUUACUCACACCUGUCCUGCUACUCCCCCCGACCCCCCAACCCCGGGUCUCCCUGCCCGCAACUCCUACUCCUCCCGGUCAUUCACCGGGAAGCCUUUGUCUCCCAGCCUCCGAUCCAAGCAAGUGUUCAGACUUGCAUAAAUGCGGAGGACAAAACGUGGCUGAACAGGGAUCGUGAUAUAUAGGACAAAAUGCCUAAAUUUAAGAUUGUGACUUGGGUAAAUAGGGAUGAGAUGUAAGGGGAAACCACCGUCGUGCGGAAUCAGUGGCACUGCGAGCGAUGAGAGUUUACACUCAUCCCCGGUAUUUUCUGGGAUCCUGCAUUUUACAGCCGCUGCGCUUGGAGUCAUGGCAGUGCCUUUUGUGGAAGACUGGGACUUGGUGCAAACUCUGGGAGAAGGUGCCUACGGAGAAGUUCAACUUGCUGUGAAUAGAAUAACUGAAGAAGCUGUUGCAGUGAAGAUUGUAGACAUGAAGCGGGCCAUAGACUGUCCAGAAAAUAUUAAGAAAGAGAUCUGCAUCAAUAAAAUGUUAAAUCAUGAGAAUGUAGUGAAAUUCUAUGGCCACAGGAGGGAAGGCAAUAUCCAGUAUCUCUUUCUGGAGUACUGUAGUGGAGGAGAGCUUUUUGAUAGAAUAGAGCCAGACAUAGGCAUGCCUGAACAAGAUGCUCAGAGGUUCUUCCAUCAACUUAUGGCAGGGGUGGUUUAUCUGCAUGGAAUUGGAAUAACUCACAGGGAUAUUAAACCAGAAAACCUCCUCUUGGAUGAAAGGGAUAACCUCAAAAUCUCUGACUUUGGCUUGGCGACAGUAUUUCGGCAUAAUAAUCGUGAACGCUUACUAAACAAGAUGUGUGGUACUUUACCUUAUGUUGCUCCAGAGCUUCUAAAGAGAAAAGAAUUUCAUGCAGAACCAGUUGAUGUUUGGUCCUGUGGAAUAGUACUUACUGCAAUGUUGGCUGGAGAGUUGCCGUGGGACCAGCCCAGUGACAGCUGUCAGGAAUAUUCUGAUUGGAAAGAAAAAAAAACCUAUCUCAAUCCUUGGAAAAAAAUUGAUUCUGCUCCUCUGGCUUUGCUUCAUAAAAUUCUAGUUGAGAAUCCAUCAGCAAGGAUUACCAUCCCAGACAUUAAAAAAGAUAGAUGGUACAACAAAUCAUUUAACAGAGGUGCAAAGAGGCCCCGAGCCACUUCAGGUGGUAUGUCAGAGUCUUCUAGUGGAUUCUCUAAGCACAUUCAUUCCAAUUUGGACUUUUCUCCCGUAAAUAGUGCUUCCAGUGAAGAAAAUGUGAAGUUCUCUAGUUCCCAGCCAGAGCCCCGGACAGGGCUGUCCUUGUGGGACACUGGUGGCUCCUCCUCUGUUGACAAACUGGUACAAGGCAUCAGCUUUUCACAGCCUACGUGUCCUGAUCACAUGCUUGUAAGCAGUCAGUUACUUGGGACCCCUGGGUCCUCACAGAACCCCUGGCAGCGCUUGGUCAAAAGAAUGACACGCUUCUUCACCAAAUUGGAUGCAGACAAAUCUUACCAGUGCCUGAAAGAGACCUUUGAGAAGUUGGGCUAUCAGUGGAAGAAGAGUUGUAUGAAUCAGGUCACUGUAUCAACAACUGAUAGAAGAAACAAUAAGUUGAUUUUCAAAAUAAAUUUGGUAGAAAUGGAUGAAAAGAUACUGGUUGACUUUCGGCUUUCUAAGGGCGAUGGAUUAGAGUUCAAGAGACACUUCCUGAAGAUUAAAGGGAAGCUCAGUGAUGUUGUUAGCAGCCAGAAGGUUUGGUUUCCUGUUACAUGAUGAAGCUGUCAGCUCUGGAGACUCCUGGUGACUAUAGUGCUGCUAUGUUGACAUUAUUCUUCCUAGAGAAGAUUACCCUGUUCUGCAAACUGCAAACAAUAGUUUUUGAAGAGUUCUCUUCCUGUUAUCCAAACAUCUUCCAAUUCUGAGUAUGUUUUGCAUACAAAUAAUACUGUACUUUAAUUGCAUGUAAUACUUUGGGGAAAGAAUGGAUCAAAUUCAUUAGGUAUUUCUCCAGCUGUGUUUAAAUGGUCUGAAUUUGAAACCUAUCUGGUAGAAACCAACUUUUGGGAUAUGUGAGUUUGCAAGCUUUUAUACCAAUGUAGUAUGACUUCUGAAAAAAAAAAUGAGAACAUUUUAUUUCAUUCUAAGAAAACAUAUUUCUCAUCUGCUAUUUAAUUGUAAGGAUAAAUAAACAAAGACUAUGUACAGCUGAUUGAUUCAUGAAGUGAGCCUGCUACAAAGACUGUGUCCCAAGAUAUGUGCUGUAUUUUCAGUUUGGGUGUGUGCGCUGCACAAGGGCUCAACCAGUUCUAGAAAACUGUUCUUGAGUUGUAAUGAUUAAAAUGACAAGCUUUUUUGUGUGUAUGUGUGUGUUCCUGGUGUCAAAUAUAAAGUACUGGUUGGUCUUUGAAGAAGUUGAACGUAAGCUUUUGUGCUUAUCUUACUUUAAAUUACACACUUGAAUACUUUUUUACAUUCACAGUCAUAUUUUAACUCUAGAAAUAAAUUCUAUUUUUAAAAUCAAUCCCUAACAGUGAACUUAUUGGCCAUCAAGUUUCUAGAUAACACUGACUAAAAGGGGGUGGGGAGGAGUGGGUAAGGAAACACAAGAAUAGACCUGAUUCUUGUUCCUUGCCUUUUACACUCACUAAAACCUUGUUUUGUUCAUAAAAUUUAUACUAAAAUAUGAAUUAUAUGAUUGGGGUCGUGUAUUCCUUUUUGUAGACAAAUUACAAUGUUAAUUAGUCUGAAGCUAAGAACACUUACCAUUUUAUGGCUGAAGUUUAUUACAUGUUGGUGUAUGCUGCCAUACUUAUCUCUCCUGUACUCAGAAGUAAACCUGAACCUUAUAGUCGGUCUCUUGUUUUUCACAUUGUAGUACCACUGGUUAAAAUCAGUCGUUUUUUAAAAGAUUGUUACUUAUUCCUUGGUAGUUUAUUUUCUAGAAAAGUUGUCAGAAUGAUCCUUCUAAAGUGUAAUUCAGACCCCUGCCCUACUCCCAAUAGUUACAACUUUCAUCAUAGUUAAAAUUCCAAGUUUGGUCUGAGCUGUGUAGUUCUAGGUGACUGUCUUUUUCAUCUGAUAGGAUGUAGUACUGUCUCCAGAGCCUGUUUCUAAUUUGACUCACUGAUUUCCUGCCAGCCCUUCACACCCACCAUUUUGCCUUUUGUCUCCAUGAAUUUGAAUACUCCUGUAUUCUACAUAAAUAGAAUUGUAUAUUUGUU